AUGGCAGAAGCAGCUCCUGCCACCUUUGAAGGUUAUCGAGGAACACCGCACUUGGGUUGGUACGAUCGAUUAGAUCAGCGUUAUCGUGUGAGGGAGAGAGCAGAAGCUCACAGAUUCUUCAAGACCGGCCGUGUCUUUGCAAUGCUGUGGUCAGAAGCUGCUAGUGAAAAUCUGGCCCGUAAUGGCACUGAAACCACUGGCAUCACUAUAUGCAGAUUCGGUCAGAGUGUAUAUUCUCAGAUCCGCCGUUUUGUAGUUGUCAGAGUCAACAGGGACCGGCAUUUCGUGUAUGCGCUCGCGAUCUCCACGUAUGGUGGCCGAGGGGCUAUGAAGAAUGGUUGUGACCCUUCAGAGCACACUAUUGUACAUCUCAACAAUGUGGAACCAUACUGGCUCCCAGGGGAGGUCAAUAGGGGCAUGACCAAGGAUCCAAUAUCGAUCGAACCAGUUGAACAAAACGAAGAGAUGGACCCGAGAUCUCGUCUCAGAUGUGGCAAAAUCUAUUCUAUCGAGUGGAAUGUGAAAUUAAGAGACAUUGGGAUGGUUUCAAGUCAUGACAAGACAAAGCUGAUGCGAUACUACAAGGAGGGGCAAGAAAAAGGAUUCGACUACGACGAGGAGCUGGAUCUCUAUCCCCAGCCUGUGGCACCGGGUUAUCCUCAAACCGAUCGUGGCUAUUAUGGGUACCAAUAG